AUGGGACCCGAUUUCAGAGUAUUAUUAGCAAAAGCAAGGAAAUCAGAGCAGAAAUAUAAGAGAAUCUACAACGAAUACCCAUCAACAGGAAUUUUAGUGAAGGAGGUUGCUAGUGUCAUGCAAGAAUUCACACAGAGUUAUGAUGAGACGACUGGACCUGCACUAUAUCAAGUGGAUCCAUCGGGUUCAUAUUGGGCAUGGAAGGCGUCUGCUAUUGGAAAGAAUAUGAUUAAUGCUAAAACAUUUUUGGAAAAACGGUAUAACGAUGAUAUUGAACUUGAAGAUGCAGUUCAUACAUCAAUUCUUACACUCAAAGAAGGGUUCGAAGGUCAGAUGACUGAAAACUCGAUCGAAAUCGGACGUAAGAGAAUAAGAAAAAGAGUUCGAGGAGAUGGUAGAAAUUCAAGGCUCUUAGACAUCCGGAGAUUGCGAAAAAUCAUAUCAGAUAUAGUUGAUAAUGAUAUUGAUCAAACCCAAGGUGAGAAACACUGA